AUGGCGGGACAAGGAGCUGGUCCUGCUCAACAAGGAAUGCCUGGACAAGACACGGGAGCAAGCUUCGGACCUUCUUCGGACGACGCGUUUAAGUCAUUGGAUGCGACUAAACAGCCAGAUUUCUACCAACCGGGUGCACUGGGAGCGCCUCGGCAAAGCGUCGGCAAGCAGGGAGCGAUGUCUGGCGCGACUUCAGGUUCUUCCCCAGGCUCAGCUCCUCGGCAAAGCAUAGCUCAGAGCGGCCGCAGACCAAGUAUGCAGCAGCAGAAUGCUAGUCGGAAAUCGGUACAACUAGUUGAUGGUAGAAGAUCGUCAGCUGCAAAGUCUCCUGGAAGACAGAGCGUAUCAAAGCAGAGGCAGGAUUCAACACCGGAAGUUUGGGGGUCAAUGAACGAAACUAAAGCACCGGUAGCAAUGUGGAAUCAGGAAGCGCAACAACUCGAACAGUCUAUGCCGCUACAGAUGCAACAGCAAUCUAUGCCGCAACAAAUGCAACGGCAAUCUAUGCCUCCGCAAAUGCAGCCAUCCAUGCAACAGCAGUCUGCAGGCCAACCAAUGCCGCCUGGACAACCAGCAAAUGUUGGCGCUCCUGGACAACCUCCUCCAAACCAAGACGGAUCUAUGUGGCUUGACCAAUAUAUGACACAGUAUCAAGCCAAAUAUCCUCCUAUUCCGGCGGUGGAAGUCAAGCUCCAGGACCAGGUUCAUUUGCAGGUGGAGUUGGCCAACCUCCUGGACCAGGGUCAUUUGCAGGUGGAGUUGGCCAACCUCCCGGACCAGGGCCAUUUGCAGGUGGAGUUGACCAACAUCCCGGACCAGGACCAUUUGGAGGUGGUCAAGCUCCCGGACCAGGGUCAUUUGUAG